AUGCCUAUCAGCAAGAAGGACAGAAUCGCUCGCGAGCACAAGGCCGCUGAUAAGGCAGGCACUCGCGCACCCGUCAAGGCCAACGGUCUUCCCGUCAAGCCGCCCAAGCCGACCUCCAUCUGCCAGAACUGCCGCAAGGAGAUCGUCAACACCAACAAGAUCCAGUUGGAGGUUCAUGCCGGCACGCAUAAUGCCAAGCUGUGGCCUAAGGAAAAGUGCUGGCCCAACGACUUCUAA